GGGGAGGGUACUUCGAUUCUUGUCCCACCGCGCAUGCCCCUUCGUCGGAAGAGCCGGAGCCGUACCCAGACAAUGGCAGAUCUUGGUGAAGCUGACCAAGCAGAGUUGCAGCGACUGGUGGCGGCCGAACAGCAGAAGGCGCAGUUCACUGCACAGGUGCAUCAUUUCAUGGAGCUAUGUUGGGAUAAAUGUGUGGAGAAGCCAGGGAAUCGCCUAGACUCUCGCACUGAAAAUUGUCUCUCUAGCUGUGUGGACCGUUUCAUUGACACUACUCUUGCCAUCACCAGUCGGUUUGCUCAGAUUGUACAGAAAGGAGGGCAGUAGGCCAUUCCCUGGGAGAAUGACAGAAGCAAUGGACUUGUUAUUGGGGACAUUAAAAGUGCCAGUAGGAGAAGGUUGUCAAUCCACUGUCAGGUCAACAUCAGGCUUUUAACAAGCCUUGUGGUGCUAAAAAGUAACAGGUCAAAUGUUCAAAAAGUGAAAUUUAUUUGGAAUCCAGAAAUUCCAGAUUGUAUCACAUUGGUUAUUCAAUAAAUGUGAAUUCUCCAACA